AUAUAGUGUAAAUAAUAAUUGCCACGUUGGCCUCAAAGAUCUAUCUAUCUCUAUUCCCCGAAGUUUAAAUAAAUCAGCAGUACGCGUGGUCCAACUAGUCGCGCGAUGUGUGUAUUGGUGUGUCGGCGCGAGCGCAAGAUAUGGACACCGUCCGCGUGAAGGCUGGAGAUACGCGACAGAUGGACAACGUGACGGCUCACGAUGGAAGUAGCUCGCACGAUGCCUCCGAGAGCACGCGUGGGUUUGACCCGGCAGUUAUCGUGGUGCCGGUAGUGCUGCUAGCAGUAACAGCGGUGUUGUGCAUUCUAUAUAAACGCUAUAGCAGAUACUUGAUAAUGAGAUGUUGUAUGCGUAGGGCCGGAUUGUCGUCCCGAAGGAGUCAUGAACCUAGAAUGUUCCCAGAUUUUGAUAGAGAGCGCGAGCGGAUUCUGCUCGUACGGAGUCAAAGGGUGAGUGCAGGAGCAUUGCUGCCCUUGUCACCCACUCGCGACACACCGCAGCCGCUUGCCGCCGCCACACGCGCCACUCCACGUGGGGACGGAACGCGAGUUGAAUACCAGCUAGCCGCACCGCCACACUCAGCCGUCAUGUUCAAGGCCGCUACUUUGCAGACGCGACUGCUUCAGCACCUGGAUGAAGAUCGAGAGCGAGCGGUGGCCGCUCGAAGGUUGGCACGAGGCACGGAGGUACUCUUCUCCGCACCGCCGCCCAUUGACUUUCCAGUGCAUCCUGUUUCUGCGCCACUCGAAGCACCCGCACCGCCCGCGUCACGCCUCAGUCGUCAGGGGGGGGCGUCAACUUAAAGACCACCACCCUUCCUGAUACAAUUGUGCACUCAGGCUUCAUACAGAACGCAUGCUCUUUCACGAGGGUGCAUUUGCUGCAAGCCGAGGUAUACGAGCUUACAGACUUUCCCCCGGACGAUUCCUUGCCCUCCUGUUCCGAGAAAGACACUAGUCCGGUUAGUUAUGACGUCAUGCACUAUACCCGUGCCCCCGGCUCCCCUCGUGUACAGCGACAUGUUGUAGAAGACUGAGGACCACUCCUUCCCCCUUCCUGUACCGGUCACCAUUUCCUCGCCCCGGGCGCGCCCGGCCCGAGUUAUGUGUUGAGUGUAGUGUUGACGCAAAUUUGAAAACAUAAAUAAUUUAUUUGUUGAUACUAUACCACGCUCAUCGCUAUUAAUGUAAUGUGAGGAUAAAUACAUAAUUUAUAGUAUAUACAUAAUAUAAUAAAUAUAAUGUGAUUAAUGUAAUGUCACACUACUGCCCUUAUAUUUAAUAUUAUUAAUUUGCACGUUCAGUAAAGAUAGAACAUGGGAGUUAUUUUCUAUCUUUACAUAACACCUGUAACAUGCAUGUCACUUGUAUUUAGCAAAAAAAUGAUUGAUAUGGCUAAAUAAACAUUGUUUUUUUUUUAUGUCAAAUAUUUAGUAAAAUAACAAUAUAAUUAAUAAACUAUU